AUGACUGAUGAUGAGCCAGCCAACAUCAGACCAGACUCGAGAGCCAGCAACAAAAGCAGAGAAAGCAGCACAAGUGGUUACGUCGCAACACCCAAAAGGAACCAUCCCACAAAGUCCUCAGAGGAUGAGAAGUCCUCUGUUAACGACUACAGCAGGAAGAAGCAGAAGAAGACCAAGCGUAAUCAAGGCAGUGAGCAAGUGAGUGACAUCCUGGCACAAUUCCUCAGGCAACAAGAGGAGGCCAAUGAAUCCUUCCGUAUGAGAGAGGCAGAACAGAGGCGAAGGGAUGAGGAACGCGAAAAGGAGCUCCGUGCUCAAGAGUUCGAACAGAAUAUGCUAAUGAUGAGGACAAUGGCAAAUAUGUUCAUGGGUAACCAAGGACAACAGCCAGCAAUGCCAUUUCUAAUGCAACAUCAGGCCCAGCCAGUUCCUCAGGUCCAGCCAGCAGUUCCUAUGCAAGCUCAGGUCCAGCCAGGAGUUCAUAUGCAAAAUCAUGCCAACCCAUUGCCUGCAAGACCACCCAUGCGUCUUGGUCAGUAUCGACUACCAGAACAGUGGAAUCGUCAUGCUCCAGGCGGCCGCGGACCAACAACACCAGCUGCAGGUAUCAGGAACUCGUCCCAAGGUGUUCAGUCUGAAGAGAGUGAAGCGCAGCUGGAAGAACAUCGCAAUGUGUUUAAUAUGAUGAGGUCUAGCUUUGACGUCCUUGACUCGGAUGACUUUUAA